AUGUCUUCAGCAUCACUUGAGGACCUCCCUACGGAGGUCCGUUUGGACAUUUGCCAGUACCUAGACGUCAAGAGCGUCUUCAACCUUACCCAGGUCAACCGGUCAUUCAAUAUUAUGAUCAAGUCCAACAGAGCCGGGAUUCUCCUGCCGAUUCUUCAACGGGAUUUCAGCCCAUUGGACGAGCUUGUCCAAGUUCUCACCGCCUCCGAAGAAGACCUUGAGGUCCGCGGACACACUUAUCAGCCUCGUCGCGUCAUUUUCCAGCGCCGCCAGAGUCAUUGUAGGACCAUACUCGCACACGGUGGCUUUCAACAUGCCGACAAGCCCGAACAGGAUUCAAACGGUUUCCAACGAAUCGGUAAGAAGGCAGCGAGGCCCAACACUGGCCAUCAUGCACCUUUGCAGACGGUUGUCCUUCAUGCAGGAGACCUCGAUCGUCUUCUACAAUACUGUCUAGUUGUGCGACAGUGGGAGGAAAUUUUCCCACAUUUGCGCUGGAUCAAACAGCCAGCCUACUGUCGCUUCCUGGAUGACCACGAGCAGCACAAGUUCCGGCGGGCAUUGUAUCGCUGGUGGCUGUACACGUUCUACUUCCACGGCGAUUUUCGACGGCCUCGUGAUGCGCAGCCAUCGGCCUUCGUUGAUGACAUCCGUGUUUGCCAGAUGAGGAUGUAUUCGACUGCGGAGUUGCUUGAAUUGUUGGAUCUACUCACGGCUGUGUUCCACCUAGUUCAGCAUUAUAUCUGCCCGAAGCUUGAGCAGAAUCUUGUUGAGGGCUACGGGACGAGUCAAGUCUCUGAUGCUGAAGUGCGAUGGAACGACCCAAGCCGGCUUGGCAGGAUCAUUCGAACUUACGCCAAGCUUGAUCCGAAAGAGCUUGUGCUUUACUUCGAGUCCAUUUACAGUUAUUCUAAGAAGCGACUCAUCUCGGAUGUUCAUCUUCGGCAUCCGGGGUUCGUUGAUGACCAAGAGUCUCUCCAAGCUUCCAUCCGGGCUGUAUUGGAAGAGAGGAGCUGGCUCGAGAAACUGCCCGUCCCAACUGACACGGUCGGUGGUAUUGUCGACUUUGAAGACGAGCGAGACGACGAGGUUGAACGCCUUAGGUCGGAUAGUAGUGCGGAUGGAUCUCUUCCAGAGCCUGCAACGUACAUCAGGUCUUACUCGACAUUUAAUCCUCGCGGAGACGAUGGAAGUGGUAAUGACGCUUGGUCGUAUCCUACGCAGUCUGGCCCAAGCAACCGGCUUGCGCUCGCAGAGGGCGUACAUUGA